AUGGCUCAGAACAAUUACUUCGGCUUUACUCACGGCGGAACGCAAUAUGGGGCCACCAGCGCUGCCGCUUAUCAGACCGGGCAAGCGGGAUACGCGGUAACCCCGGCGGCGACCGCCGCUACUUACACUCAACGACCCGCUGCCGCUGCUGCGACUGGCUACGAAACCUACCAGGCAGCUGCCGCUGCAGCCGCGACUGGGACAACGUACGCAGCUGCCAAUCCUGGUACUGUGGCUCAAACUUACGAUUACGGUUACGGACGAGCUGCACCAGCAGCCACAUACGACGCAACUAAAACCUAUUAUCAACAGCCAGCUGCUGCCGCAGCAACUUAUACUACUACUGAAACACAUUAUCAGGCUGCCAAACCUGCUUACAGCACGACUAGUGCCUACACUGGCACUGCCAGACAAGCCACUACAACUGGACAGGCUAAAACUUAUCAAGCAUCUAGUACAGCUUAUCAGCAAUCAAACCCUACGCAAAGCGCUACUUACUCUUCAGGAUAUACAGCUCCAGCUACACCUGCUGCUACACCAUCGACUGCGACAAAUAAAACGGCGAGUACAACGUAUUCCGGCUACGACGCAGCGCUAUAUAGCGCUGCGACUAUGUAUGUAGCCCAACAGAGUGCAAACAGCAAUUCCACUAACCAGAAGACUGGAGGUUGGCAGGGCUACGGACGAAAGGGAUUCGGAGCUGGCGGGGGAGGAAUGAAAGCAAUGCGGCCCAAGCAGCCUCCUAAGCCUCAGCAACUACACUAUUGCGAUGUCUGUAAGAUCAGCUGUGCUGGACCGCAAACCUAUCGUGAGCAUCUCGAGGGUCAGAAACACAAGAAGAAGGAAGCUUCAUUAAAGGUGCCGCAACAGCCCCCCGCACGUGGAGCAGGCAACAGCCUGCGUUGCGAACUCUGUGAUGUAACUUGUACUGGGAAUGAUGCUUACGCCGCUCAUAUUCGGGGUGCUAAGCAUCAAAAGGUGGUGAAACUGCAUACCAAACUCGGAAAACCUAUCCCGAGUGCAGAUCCCACUGUUUUGAAUCCGAAACCAGCAGCAGCCGCUAAGGCCACCACUACCAAGAAGCCAACAAUAACAGCAACUCCUAAGAUCAAUUUCGUUGCUUCUGGGAAUUUGGGUACAGUAAAUCAAAAUCAAACGGUUGAAGUAAAGCAAGAAGAGCCAGCCGCUGAAGAAACCGUGGAAGAAGCGACGGUCGAUGAAAAAGAUAUUCAACCGGUCGGUCAAGAGUAUAUUGAAGAAAACAAAUCUGAGGACGGAAAGAUUAUAAGUUUUAAUUGUAAAUUAUGCGAGUGCCGUUUCAAUGAUCCUAAUGCCAAAGACAUGCACAUGAAGGGCCGCCGUCAUAGAUUCGCCUAUAAAAAGAAAGUCAAUCCCGAUUUGGUUGUCGAUAUGAAACCUAGCCUCAAGCAACGUAAAAUGCUCGAGGAGAAGUUACGUAGGCAACAAAUGCGCGACGAGUAUUUACGUCGCAGGGAAGAGAUCAAUCAAUUGGGACCUAUGGGACCCAUAAUGGACGAAGAGAUGAUGUAUUGGGAGGAAAGGCGUCGUUACGAGGAAGAAUGCGAAUAUUAUGAGUGGUAUCGACGAUACGGACGCGGUCCAGGUGCACCGCCGAUUCCACGACCAUUCCCAGGACCACCGCCUAUGAUGAUGUUCCCGGGUCCACAGAGACGACCGGAUUCAUCGGACGACAAGCAUGUAUUGGCGCAUCAUACGACCAUUUAUCCCAAGGAACAAGAACUACUAGCAGUUCAGAAAAUUGUCUCUCACACCGAAAAAGCAUUAAAAUUUGUGUCGGAUGCUUUGGCUGAGGCUGGCAAAAAGAAUACUCCUGUAAAUGCUAAUGCUACUGUAGCAACACCAGCAGUGAUCGGUACACCGCAGGCAAACGCGGACGCGUUGAAAAAGGAUGAGGCUGAUAAAAAGAAAGCAGUGACACCACAAAAGGAAGAUGGUAGCGACGGGAAUCUGUUUUCAUUUCAAAAGGAAAAGGAAGAUUCUAGGAUACUUCGUGGCGUUAUGCGCGUAGGAAACUUGGCCAAAGGGCUAUUGCUAUCUGGAGAUAAUCAUGUUUGCCUUGUUGUUUUAUGCGCUGAAAAACCGACAAGGACGUUGCUCAAUAAGGUCGCUGAAAUUUUACCUGGUGAACUAAAGAAUGUGGCGCCUGAGGAAACAUAUAAUGUCGGAAAGCAUCCAGAAUCUGCUGCUUUGACUGUCUCAGGUGGUACGGUUACCGUUAGCGUGACGCUUACCAGUCCCUUAAUGCGUGAGACACCCAAGUCGACUGCAGCAGCAGAUAAUGCUGGACAGCAGCAGCAGGAAGCUGCUCAACUGCAAACGACGCCCGCGGCCCCCACCGUGACCAAACCAGAUCCACCAGAUGUACUACCCAAGGCUAAGUGUUUGGACGCUUUAGCUGCACUCAGGCAUGCCAAGUGGUUUCAGGCUAGAGCUACUUCGCUGCAGAGCUGUGUUAUGGUUAUCCGUAUAAUGCGUGACCUUUGCAAUCGUGUGCCAACAUGGGGUCCUUUAAAUCCUUGGGCGUUGGAAUUAUUGACUGAGAAAGUGAUAAGUACUGCAGGUGGCCCUCUUAGUCCCGGUGAAGCUUUGAGAAGACUUUUGGAAUGUGUAGCAGGAGGAAUAUUGCUGCCAAACAGUCCAGGUUUAUCCGAUCCGUGCGAGAAGGAGCCGGUUGAUGCAAUAGGGAAUAUGACGUCUCAACAAAGAGAAGAUAUUACCGCGUCCGCGCAGCACGCGUUACGAUUAGUGGCGUUCCGUCAGAUUCACAAAGUCCUAGGCAUGGAGCAGCUGCCCCCUCCGAAAUUUAAGGGACGAUUCGCCCGAAAACGAAGACGCGACAACAGCAACGGAGAAGGCACGGACAACGAAGCCUCGAAAAAAGAUAAAAAAGCAGAGGAGAUCAAAAUGGAAACAGAUUCAAAGUAAAAGAUCUACCAAAAGAGAGAUUCGUCUCUUACGAAUUAUUAUUAACUUAUCUAGUAUAAGAGAAAAAAAAAACAUUUUUUUUCGCCGUGUCGAUUGCUUAUUUAGGAAAAAAAAUAUCUUCGAAUCGGUACAAUUCGAUUGAUUAGGAUAUUCGUCACGACUUAGGAUAAUUCCCGAGUAUAUAAUCCGAGAACGAAUAAGGCUAUAAGAAUGAUGCGCUUAAUAAAACUGCAAUGGCGGGAGUUCUUCGUCUUAUCGCGUGUCUAUGGAAAAUUAUUUACGUUAUGGGUACGUAAUGAUAUAAUUGUUCCUUUUUUGCUAUGAGAUAAAUUUAAACAGUUUAGAUCGAUGAGCGCAUCGCGAUAUACAUGAUUAAUCUUUUUAUAUUUCAUUACAGAUGUUAAUGAAACUUACAAGAAAAAACAAACUCGAUUUCUUGUUUUUAAUAUUAUAUUAUGAUUAUAGUCACAUUGCGAAUGCGGAAAUCUUAAUGUAUGGAUAUAUCCAUACGAUUAAUUGAUAUUAUUAUAUUAACUAUAAAAUUACUAAAUGCGUUCAUUGAUCUGAACUGUUCGGGUUUAUGUCAGUCAUGACAGAUGUGCAGAUUGAAGAAAUCUAAACGAUGAAAAGCGUAGAACGCGACGAUGAACAUGAGUUUGAAGUUACGAAUAGGUAAUAGAUUGUAUUGAGAAUUUGUGUGUAUGUUGUGUGUGUGUAGCCAGUACAGACGUUGUAGAAAAUACUGUGUACUUCUCUCGUUUUCUCUCACUUCUGCACAAAGUGACAACCAUUUACGGUGUACGCUAUUAUCACAUGCGUGAUUUACGCAAAUAAAAGAUAUUUAUAAGUCGAUAAAUCGGAUAUCUUGCAAAUAUCCGCUGUGGAACAAGUGCACGUGUUUUUUAACAGAUCGCUCUUGUAGAUCAACUUGAACUUUAUUUACAGAAAGCGACAGUCAAAAGUUUAACGUUUCAACUUUCGAAGAUUACCACCGUUAAGUGAAUUCUUCCGACUUGUGUAGAGAUUUUCUGUUCUGUAUUUUCGAAUCAUUGAAUAAAAUAAUACAUGUACGAUACAA